CUCUUUUAAGGAAAUUGCCUGGGUUAGUUCAGUUUUCACGGAAGUUGUCCGGUUACUAGAUUUACCGAAAGCUGUCGAUUGAUUUGCAUAUGAAAAUAUAAACUACGCCAUUAACUGCACCGUUUUUCAGACGUAUCGUAUAAAUACAGGGUGAAAUCAUGGAGCACAAUGCAUUGUUGGACCCCACCUUUGGAGAGCCCACAAGUCCCAUGGAGAAGAUAACCCACAUUGAGCUCACGGGCAUACAGUGCGAGGAGGCCAAGCCCCGAUCCUUCAACACCAAUUCUGCGUUUCAGAGUUAUGAUGUUGAGACAUCCUAUGGAACGGUCCAUGUUGCCAUGCAGGGGGAUAAGACAAAGCCUGCCAUUUUUACCUACCAUGAUAUUGGACUCAACCAUGUGACCUGUUUCCAGGGUUUCUUCAACUACAUCGACAUGCAGGCCAUCAUGAAGCACUUCUGUGUGUACCACGUCAAUGCCCCAGGAAUGCAUGAGGGCGCCAUCAAUCUGUCACCAACUGCUGAAGCUGUUGGUAAACCUGAGGCUGUUGUAAAAAGAUUUGUGUACCCAACCAUGGAUGAACUAGCAGAGUCUGUUCUCACAGUGGCUGACUAUUUUGAAGUUAAAAGAUUCAUUGGAUUUGGCGUUGGAUCUGGAGCCAAUGUCCUGACCCGAUUUGCACUGACCCAUCCUACAAGAGUGGACUCCCUUGUGCUGGUGAAUGCCACUUCUACCAAGCCCGGCUGGAUUGAGUGGGGAUAUCAAAAGAUGAACUCCUGGUAUCUGUGGAGUGGGCAGAUAACCAACUUCACAGAGGAAUAUCUGCUUUGGCAUUGGUUUGGAUCGAAAACACGUUGGGUGAACCACGACCUGGUGCACGUAUACAAGGAUUACAUCAAGUCCAUCAACCCACAGAACCUCUCCUUCUUCAUUGAGUCUUACCUCAGACGCACAGAUUUAAAUGUUAUGCGUGAGCUUGAUCCAAUCAAGAAGGCAACAACGCGCACAGUGAAGUGUCGUUCGCUGAUGUUGGUGGGUGACGACUCGCCUCACAUGGACGAUGUCGUUGACAUGAAUGGCAGAAUGAACCCUGAAGAAACCGACUUUAUGAAGAUUGCUGAUUGUGGAGGCAUGCCUCUGGAGGAGCAGCCAGGAAAAGUGUGCGAAGCAUUCCGCCUCUUCCUUCAGGGCAUGGGAUACAUCCCAACAGUGAAAUCAGGCCGAGUGAACUACAGCCCCACUGCGGCCCCUGCCCCAGCACCAGUCAACAACAACAGCAAACAACCAGUCAACAACAACUGCAUUCGCACCCUGGACGUGUCAGAGUUCACCUCACAAUCCGUGUGCUGAGACCACCGACCUUCAUCUUCCCCUCCAUCUUUAUGGACUCAACCUUCAUUAUUGAUGAAUCUCUUCUUUUUCCAGACAUUUUGUCCUGUUUUACAGUAAUAUAAACUCUUUAAUUUGUUGAUACUUAUUUUGCAAAUAUAAAAAAACUAUUGUGGUAUAUGCAAGUUUCAU